UACGGGGUCAGAUAAACGAACAGCUCCUCUGGCCAACGAAGGGAUAACCUGAGCAGAAAAACUGGACUGGGAUAAGCUGUGUUUUCUACCCGUGGCCAGUACUCCGUGAUACUCUCUACAGACUUCAUGGCUGCGCAGACUAACUUCUGUGUUUGUGUGAUUGCACUCGUUCUAACACUGACCACAAGCCAUGCCUUACGAAGGGUCACACUGAAGAAGAUGUUGUCCAUCAGAGAGACCCUGAGAGAAAUGGGCGUGUCACCGUCCCAGGUGUUUGCUGAGCAGGCCCUGAAGAGCACAGAUGACCCAAGCAAUGGCACUGCUCCCACGCCCCUCACUAACUACCUGGAUACUCAGUACUUUGGGGAAAUCAGCAUUGGCUCUCCUGCCCAGAUGUUCAAUGUGGUGUUUGACACUGGGUCGGCCAACCUGUGGGUGCCGUCCUACAACUGCUCUCCUCUUUAUACAGCCUGCUUUACUCACAACAGGUACGAUGCGUCUAAAUCUCGGACUCACAUUGGGAAUGGGACAGGUUUCUCCAUCCAGUACGCCUCUGGGAACGUCCGGGGGUUUCUGAGUGAGGAUGUUGUUGUGGUAGGAGGCAUCCCGGUGGUGCAGGUGUUCGCUGAGGCCACGGCCCUGCCCGCCAUCCCCUUCAUCUUCGCCAAGUUUGACGGCGUCUUGGGCAUGGGCUACCCCAAUGUGGCCAUUGAUGGCAUCACACCUGUGUUCGACCGCAUCAUGUCCCAGCACAUUCUUAAGGAGGAGGUCUUCUCAGUCUACUACAGCAGGGACCCUUCGCAUUCUCCAGGAGGAGAGUUGGUAUUGGGAGGAACAGACCCUAACUACUAUACUGGAUCCUUUCAUUACCUUGGCACCACUGAGUCAGGCAAAUGGGAAGUCAACAUGAAAGGUGUGUCAGUGGGGGAGGAGAUGCUCUUCUGUAGAGAAGGGUGCACCACAGUGAUUGACACUGGCUCCUCCUACAUCACAGGCCCCGCCUCCUCUGUGUCUGUCCUCAUGAAGACCAUUGGAGCAACUGAGCUGGCUGAGGGCGGGUUCACAGUGAACUGUGACCUGGUGAAGUCCCUACCCAGUGUAACCUUUCACCUCGGGGGCCAUGAGUAUGCUCUCACUCAAGAGGACUACAUAUUAUGGCAAUCCCCAUUUGGAGAGGACAUCUGCACCGUCACCUUCAAGGGCUUGGAUGUUCCGCCCCCGACUGGUCCCAUCUGGAUACUGGGAGCCAACUUCAUCGCCCGUUAUUACACUGAGUUUGACCGCCACAAUGACCGCAUAGGCUUUGCCAAUGCUGUCUGACACCAGCUAUAAGAGCAUAGGAUCUCCCCUCUUACUUACUCUAACUUUACUUCCACCCCCAUUAUCUCUUGCAGUCUCUUUUGUUUGGCACAAGGGCUUGCCCCUCAUCCUAAUGUCUUUUGUUCUUCAUGUUUGCAUUAUUUUAAGUACAAGGGCUGCCAAUUUGUGACAAUUGCACUUUUUAGAAUUUUUACUUGCACUCACAUACAGUACCAUUCAUCUUUAGUUUUAGUUGACUGGAAAUUAUUUGAUAAUGACAAAUUGCUUGUUUUGUGGGCAUGCUAAUAAUUAAAAACAAUAUUACAAUAUUCACAAAAAGGUGAUUUUUUCUUCAAUCAUUACAUUAAACCACUAGGCAACUAUAUCUGUAUUGUAUUGUACAAAACAAGAAUAAAAUGUGUUCAAUGUGA